AUGAAUAUCCUCAAGAAAACCUCCAAGUUCAGCAUUAGCCGACUUCUUCGACAACACAAAGACAAGAAAUCCAACAGUUCCAAAACUGAAGAAACAGAUCCCAUUAUAAAAGUCAUCCAACUAACUGCUCAAGUCGUUAGCCUGGAACAAAAUCUAAAGCAAGCCAUUGACACCGUGCACUCGCUCAAGGCCCAGCUGGCAGAGUACGACGUCCUUCUAGCACAUGCCAACUGCCGUGUUGCUGAGUCUACACCUCCAGCAUUCCAUAUUGAAGCUCACUCAUCCAAUCAAACCAGCUCUAUCCUGAUCCCCAAGAUGAGCCCCACUCGUGUAUGGAUUGAUGACCUUUGGCUCUGCAAUGCCGCUGAUAACACGCCUCUUCAAGAAGCAGAAGCAUACUGGAAAAACGGGAAUUCCCAGUGCGCUCUUGAAAUUGUUUCGCAGGCAAUCGAUUCCAAUCCUUUCCUAUCCCCUGCCGAAGAAAUUCGCUGCCGGAUCUUUGCCGCUGCAGUUUUUCACUCCACGGGGCAUUUUGAAGAGUCCAACCGUCGUAUCGGAAUAGUGCUACAGACCAUGGAAAAGUGGACCCGUCUCAACCGGCCUCAAGAUGAUUUAAUAAGUAUUGCUCAUUAUGUCCAAGGACGAAACCUCAUGGAGCUGGGAGAGUUCACUGAUGCUUACUAUUCCCUCUCUCGGACUCUCUGCACACCUGGAUAUCAUACCAAAGCGCGCGAUUAUCAAAAGAAUGCUAUAAUUGAGUUCACUCGCCAAGUGGCAAUGGAAGAUAACAAAUCUGUCUCUUCGUCUUUGCGCCCCAUUGUGAGUCGGACCGAAAACGUUCUAGAUGAAGAAUACCUGUCGUAA